CCAGACAUAGGACACAGACAACAACAGUGACAGAUCAAGACCGCAUUUCUGUUUGCAACCAGCUAUGGGUGUAGUCUGAAAAGUGGAUACAGUAGCGCACCGCAAAAUACCUCGAAGUUUCAUCCUCAUGAAGGAGCUCCGUCCUGGCUGAGUUUGGGAGAUGGGAGUACUCAACAUUGCAGACCAGCCUCCUCUGGUCCAGGCCAUCUUCAAUCGUAAUGCUGAAGAAGUUCAACUAUUAUUGCACAAAAAGGAGGAUGUCAAUGCACUGGACCAAGAGCGCCGUACGCCACUUCAUGCUGCUGCCUGUGUGGGUGACGUCCAUAUAAUGGACCUCCUCAUUGAAUCAGGUGCCACUGUAAACGCUAAAGAUCAUGUUUGGUUGACCCCGUUGCACAGAGCAGCUGCUUCCAGGAAUGAAAGGGCAGUGGGUCUGCUGCUGAGGCGUGGAGCAGAGGCAAACGCACGAGACAAGUUCUGGCAGACGCCGCUGCAUGUGGCUGCUGCCAACCGUGCCACGCGCUGCGCAGAGGCCCUGCUGACCCAGCUGAGCAACCUGAACAUGGCAGAUCGCACCGGCAGAACUGCCCUGCACCACGCAGCUCAGAGUGGGUUCCAAGAGAUGGUGAAGCUGCUGCUGAACAAAGGGGCCAACCUGAGUGCCAUCGAUAAGAAAGAGCGACAGCCCAUCCAUUGUGCUGCUUACUUGGGGCAUGCAGAGGUUGUGAAGUUACUGGUGUCCCGCAGUGCAGACAAGAGCUGCAAGGAUAAGCAGGGCUACACGCCUCUCCAUGCUGCUGCUGCGAGUGGUCACAUCGAAAUUGUAAAGUACCUACUGAGAAUGGGGGCAGAGAUUGAUGAGCCCAACGGCUUUGGAAACACUCCUCUCCACGUGGCUUGCUACAUGGGGCAAGAGGCAGUUGCUACCGAGCUGGUGAACCAUGGAGCUAAUGUUAACCAGCCCAACAAGUGCGGCUACACCCCUCUGCACCUGGCUGCCGUCUCCACCAACGGUGCCCUCUGUCUGGAGUUGCUGGUCAACAAUGGGGCAGAUGUCAACCAGCAGAGCAAAGAAGGGAAGAGCCCCCUGCACAUGGCAGCCAUUCAUGGACGCUUCACACGCUCUCAGAUCCUCAUCCAAAACGGUGGGGAAAUUGAUUGUGUGGAUAAGUAUGGCAAUACUCCUCUCCACGUUGCUGCUAAGUACGGCCAUGAACUGCUGAUCAGCACUCUGAUGACCAACGGAGCAGACACGGCCAGACGUGGGAUCCAUGGAAUGUUCCCCUUGCACUUAGCUGUGCUGUACGGGUUUUCAGACUGUUGUCGCAAGUUACUCUCCUCAGGUCAGCUGUAUAGUAUAGUUUCAUCAAUGAGUAAGGAGCAUGUACUAUCUGCUGGGUUUGACAUAAACACCCCUGACAACUUUGGGAGGACCUGUCUACACGCUGCUGCCUCUGGAGGAAAUGUUGAAUGUCUGAACUUGCUCUUAAGUAGUGGUACCGACUUGAAUAAGAGGGACAUAAUGGGAAGGACUCCGUUGCACUAUGCGGCUGCUAAUGGGAGGUACCAGUGCACUGUGACCCUGGUGAGCGCUGGCGCUGAGGUCAACGAGCCUGACCAGACAGGCUGUACUCCCCUGCACUACUCUGCCGCCUCCCAAGCCUUCAGCAGAGUUGAUCGUCAUUUUUCUGGGAACCAUCAGAACGAUGAGGAUGAGGCGAAGGAGUCCUACUUCUGCUUGGAGCAUCUUUUGGACAAUGGUGCUGAUCCAUCGAUGGUUAACUCAAAGGGUUACAGUGCUGUUCACUAUGCAGCUUACCAUGGCAACAAACAGAACCUGGAGUUGCUCCUGGAGAUGUCUUUUAAUGCACUAGGAGACAUAGAGAGCAGUAUUCCAGUCAGUCCACUGCAUCUUGCUGCUGAUAAAGGUCACUGGCAGGCGCUGCGUGUGCUGACGGAGACUGCAGCCUAUGUGGAUAUGCAGGAUGCUGCAGGCCGUUCUGUGCUCUACUUGGCCGCCCAGAAAGGCUUCGCCCGCUGUGUGGAGGUACUGUUGGCUCAGGGGGCUUCCUGUCUCCUCAAUGACAACCGCCUCAUGUGGACUCCAAUUCACGUUUCAGCUGCCCACGGCCACUCGGACUGCCUGCGCAUGAUGAUUGAUUACGGGGAGGAGGGAGAUCUCACCAACGUUGCAGACAAAUUUGGCCAGACCCCUCUGAUGCUAGCUGUUCUGGGAGGUCACACUGACUGUGUCCACUUCCUGUUGGAGAAGGGUGCCUUGCCAGAUGCCAAGGACAAGAGAGGCAGCACAGCCUUGCACAGAGGGGCGGUGUUGGGUCAUGAUGACUCUGUGACAGCCCUGCUGGAGCACAAAGCUUCUGCACUGUGUCGGGAUGCCCAGGGUAGUACACCGCUGCACUACGCUGCAGCCAGAGGCCACACAGAGAUCCUGGCCAGUCUGGUGCAGGCCGCCAUGGCAACAGACCCACAGGACAAACUGCUGGACAACAAACAAUACACCCCAUUACACUGGGCUGCUUACAAAGGGCACGAAGACUGUUUGGAGGUUUUACUUGAAUUUAAAACAUUUAUCCAUGAAGAGGGAAACCCUUUCACCCCCCUGCACUGUGCUCUGAUGAAUGGCCACAGCGGUGCUGCAGAGAGGCUGCUGGAAUCUGCUGGGGUCCAUAUGAUUAACACCAGAGAUGCCAAAGGAAGGACCCCCCUGCAUGCUGCUGCUUAUGCCGAGGAUGUCGCAGGACUUCAGCUGGUGCUUCGCCAUGGAGCAGAGAUUAAUACAGUGGAUGAAAGUGGACGCUCUGCUCUGAUGGUGGCUGCUGACAAGGGACACAGUGGCACCGUGGCCAUCCUCCUUCACCGGGCCAAGGCUGACCUGACACUGCUGGAUGAGAACAGGAACACUGCCCUGCACCUGGCCUGCAGCAAGGCUCAUGAGAUGUGUGCCCUGCUGAUUCUGGGGGAGAUCCACAGUCCGACACUCAUAAACGCCACCAACAGUGCUCUGCAAAUGCCCCUCCAUCUUGCAGCACGUAAUGGCCUGGCUACGGUGGUGCAGGCACUGCUGAGUAGAGGAGCCACUGUGCUGGCUGUGGAUGAGGAAGGCCACACCCCAGCUCUGGCCUGUGCUCCCAACAAGGACGUGGCUGACUGCCUGGCUCUGAUCCUCUCUACCAUGAAGCCUUUCCCCCAGCGGGACCCUUCCUCCUGCUCCUGCUCCUCUCCCACCGUCUCCCCCUCCCCGGGUCUCAACUUGCUGAAGCACUGCGGCAUCACCGCCACCUGCGCCCCCCUGCCCAGCAACGGCCUCCACAACGGCUACGUCAAAGACCGUCACGGUGCACCGGUCGGCCUGGACGGGUGUCUGUCUGAGUGAGGUCACGCGCCCCCCUCAGUCAGCUGCUAUCACCAUCAUCACCACCAGGGGGGGACUCCCUUUAACAUGGCCCCCUGAGGACCAGGAGAGCACCCACCCACAUGUCUGUUCCGUGUAUGUAUGUGUCUGUGUGUCUGUGUGUGCGUGAGUGUUUGGUCUUCUCUUGAGGUGCAGUCAAACCUAAUAUGCAAUUAGAUCCCAUUCCUCCAUCUCCUAGUAGUGCUUAAUACGUAGAGGCGGAUUGCUCUACAAGGUCACUCGGACGAAGUGUGGCAUCUAAAAACAAACACUAGCAAUCUGGCCAUCUCUAAAUCAUUUAACCCUUUAAAACCACAUAAUUAUAUAACUGACAUCUAAGAGCAUGGAGAUCGCUGUAUCCUCUUCAUAUCAUUCAGUAUAAAAGUCAUAUCAUGUUUAAUCAGUUUUGGUGACCUUGUAGAGGAACAUACAGCCUUUUCCCAAAAGAAUGAUCAAAGAGUUUCUUUGUUUUUGUUUUUUUUUUGUUUUUUUCUCUUUUUUAUUUUUUGUUUUUAAUUGUCAGUUAGCCUAGAUUUUUAUGAAGGAACCACACAAGGGAAAAAUCUAAAAAAUGUUUUUUUUUUUUUGCUUAAGAGUGCAAUGCUUGUGUACUACAGUACAAUCCGAAAAUUUGGAAAAGGGUCACAAAGAUGUUAAUUCCAUAGUGUACUUUAAAUGUACGGCCUAGAAUUGUUUGGCAUUUUAAGAUAAUUUGGUAAUGCUGCUGAAUACGUUAGCAUGUCUCCUUCCAAAGGAGAGCCACGUUCGGGUCAGCGCUGUAACAUCGACAUGUUCUUGAUGCUGACUUCAUGUUUUAAAGAUGCUAAAUAAGUGUUUGUUAAGCUAGAAUGUUUCUAAGCAUAUAACUUAUGACCAAAGUUGAUCAACACUAUUAUGGCUAUAAAUUAUUUAUUUGAGAUGAACUGUACUGUAUAGAGAAAGACAAUAGAUCUUGAUAUACCUCGUCAACUCGUUUAGCAGCUGCUUCAUCUUCACCCAGGGUCCGUAGGCCUAAUGUUCUCUUUUUGUAGGACUAGAGAACUACUGUAGGAUAGUGACUGACUGAGGCCUUGUUUAUUUCUAGAUGAAGGCUUUACUAGUAAUAUCUGCCAACAACACCUCAUCAAAGCAUCAUAUAUCUGAGCACAUAAAUGAACAAGCCAUUUCAAUUUAUUUCCCAUCUCUUUGACAGUGUUUUUUUGAAGAAAAAAAAAAAAAAAAGAUUUCAGAAUUUGAAUGGCCUAAUUAUUGAAAAGAGAGCAAUCAAGUUUUUUUUUUUCGUUUUUUGGGCACUAACAGCAUUUUUUGUUUUUGUUUUUUUUUUCUUUUUCUUCUUUUGUGUUUUUUGAAGUUGAACUGGUUUUUAACAAGCUCUCACUAAAGGAGUAUUUCUUGGAGCUGGUGAACUAGUCUUAAACAUCUAAUAGCUCAUAUCUCAACUUCUCUGUGGUCAACUCUGAUCAAUUUUAACAGAUAAAUAGUAUUGUCUGCUAUUUUUUAUUGGGCAGUUUUCAAGCAAUAUUUUUCUUUUGGCCUUUUUUUUGUUUAACGUUAUUGAAUAGACAAUCACUGUCACAAGGGCUUUUGUUUCCCUGGAAUGUGUUUGAUUUUUCUUUUUUCCUUUUUUUUUUUCUUUUUCGUUUUUAUUAUUUCAAGGAAAAAAAAAAUUACCUAAAGACUAAACGAAUGGCUCUGUGUGUGCCGGGCAUUUUACUGUCAGUGUCAACACAAAUGCACUGGAUUGCCUUUAUGGCAUCUCAUGAAAUGCCUUUUUGACCCAUGCCUUCCGUAACACAUCAUUUCAGUUGGAUUGCGUAGUGGCAGAGUACGAUGAGCCCUGACACUGAUUAUCUUUCCACCCAUUUGAUAGCAACAGCAUUGAACCACAGUUGCACCAUAGUUAUCUAGUGGAAAAUAAAUUGCCCCGACAUAUCUCCAUAUGUCCCGGCGGUAUCAAGACCAGGGAGUUGAUAUCCCUUAUAAAAGCAAAUAGGGCUAAGAGGACAAGGAGAGGGAUCUUUGCUUAGGCCAAUACCUGUUGUUUAGAUUUCAGGAAUAGCAGAAAUCCAAAUAUGUGCUUUUUUUGGUGUUCAUUUUGUCGUCGUCUCAUCCCAUUUCUGGUACUAAGCAUACUAAAGAUGAUUGUAUCGGACCACUAGAGCUGUUUGUGACUUUUAGAUGUUAUAUCUAUGCUAUUUUGUCGUCGUUUUAAGACCAUCUGCUGGUGGUUAAAAUUACACUGAGUCAGAUUGUUUUCAUUGGUGUCAUAGCUUCAUAUCCACUGGUAAUGAAGUGGCACAAUUGCACACAUUAGUUGACUGGAUGAGAGAUGAGGACCUAAACUAGGCAAUGUCGUUAAAAAUCCCCUGCGAAAGGUUUGUUUUAUUUGAUUCACUAAAACGAAGUCAAAGUCCAUUUCAGAGCAGUAAUUUAGUCUUAGAGUCGUAGUUUGCAUUUAAAUUGACCUUUUUAUAAUUGAUUGAAAUGAAAUGGAACUAAUUGGUGACCCCCAGCUUUUGUUCUCUUGAUCAAUUUAUAAUUUCCAGGAGAACAGUUAUGGUUUUUAGUGUUAUUAAUAUUAAGGGUAGGUACAUAAUUUUUUGUAAUCUCAGGAUCUGUGCUGAAGCAGCAGGCAGAAUUUAUUAAUCCAAUCAGAUCUCAGCAGGAUGAUUAUGUCUGCUUCUCUUUUUUUUUUUUUUUUUGAUGGGAUGUUCCAUAAUUUAAUUCCUUUUUAUUAACCCAAAUCCCACAGCACUUAAUUAGAUAGUCAAGCACGCACUUUAGUACAUUCAGGUUCUAAGUGUGCAAAAUGGAGCAGAUGUAAUGUAUGUACUUAUGUUUACAUGCAUGUGUGUUGCUGCUGAAUACAGGAAGGAAGGGUUGCAAAAGACAAAACAAAGGCUGCAACGAAAUUGUGCUCUAACAAUGCAUUACUUAAAAAAAAAAAACUACAAAAAAAACCUUUAAAAAAAAAAAACUAACUAAAAACAACAUACUAUGGGACAGUUUCCACUGCCCACUGACUUUACUUUUUUGCUGUUAUCCAUUUCCGGGCAAAUGGCCCAACAUACAGUGACGAGGUUACGUUACCCAGCCUACUGUUAAUAAUACAGACUCUGUCACUUAAAGUCAGUCCAGUGGUUCAACAGACACCUCAGGCAGGCUCCUCAAAAUACUCUACAUACUCUCUCUGCCAUCUGUAGGUGCUGUCUGUUGGCGCAGGGAUUUUUUUUCUCUUGUGAUGUCCUUAACUGACCAGUAAAUGGAGCCAUUGCCCCUUUGCGACUGUACAAGUUGCAGCUGAACCCUUUUGUUGUAUCACAGUAUUCUUAUACAUGCUUUUUCUUUUUUUUUUUUUUCUUUUUUUUUUUUUUAUUUGUGUGUACUAGUGAUAACUUGAGUGAUUGUGCAUGGAGCUAGAUCACAAUUUUGAUAUAGUAACGGUUGAACAAAGUGGAGCAUAUACAAUAUACCUGGUGUCCGAAACGGAAAGCAAUGAAAGGUCCAAUUGUAGCAAUAGAGAGUGUGUGUAAUCGUGUGCAGCACAAAUAUUGCACUGCCAUCCAUUUAGGCCAAUUCAGUAAAUCAUAGCAUAAAUGCCAAUGGAAGAUUUAAAUGCGGGUUAGAUGUUAUAAUCUUUGGUCACAAAUAAGGCCUGUUUGCCAAAAUGUGUUUGGGGGGGGGGGGGAACCCCUUCUUUGUAAAGCAGCAAUGGAUUUAUGCAUAUGUUCAAGCAGUUUACAGUCUGACCAUCAAAUCUGAGCCAUGAAUUUUCUGACUGAAAUGAAUGUAGAGUCAGUUUAGAGCAGGACGAUUUGCUUUCUCCCGACUUUAAACUGUUGCUCUUCAUUUGUCUUGCGUAGAUAUGAUAAUACAGGUAGCAUGUAAUAACAUAAAUCUCUACAUAUUCUACAGUAUGUGUAGUAGUCUUCCUGCAUCGAGGGUCUGGAUAGGUUUGUUUUUUUUUUUUCCUCUUCCCCUUGGCAUUAUUGUGGGAGUAUGGUGUCGUAUCGCUCUUCUUUCUCUAUACAUAUAUACAUAUUUGUGUGGAGUGUAGCCUAUAAGGUAAACAGGACAAGAGUUCAGAUGAAUUAAAACAUUCAUGUUCAUCCAUUCCAUUAAGAUUGCCUUACAGUACAGUAAAACAAGAGGGACAAAAAAAAAAGGUCUACAGUAGACAUGAUCACACAUACUCGUAAAUAGCCUAUAUUUGACAGAAAUGCACCUAAGCUACACCCAUUUAGUGCCAUAGAAACCUUUAUUUGCCUUUAGACAUAAAUCAUACUUACUUGGUCAGUAAUUUAUUCAGAAGUAGGCAGGAUUAUUACAAUUUUGUGUUUGGAGCUGCAUGUCUUUUCCGCAAUUAUAUUAGUCAAAGAAAAACUCUAUAUAAAUAUUUGCAUGGAAUAUUAGUACAUAAAUGCAAGUAUUCUGUUAAAAUUUGGUGUCGGUAGAAGUCUAUUGUAUAAUUGGACAUUUAGAAGAAUAUUGUUAGUCCCUUUUGGUAUUGGCAAAGCAAUCCCUAGAUUGUGUGUUUAUUUAAUGAGAUGGUUUAUAAUGUGUGUUACCAGGAUUUAAAAAAAAAAAAAUAAUCAUUUUUGAUGUCCAGAAGAAAAAGCAUGGUAUAUACAGUAUAGAAUUGAUUUGCCUCAAUGGAUGUCUCGGUUUUUACUUGAAGUAAAUGGCAAAUUUCAAUUCAACUCUCUGAUCCACUGUUGAGCCUUUUGCCUUAAAAGCUGAAAAAGGAAAAUGAUACCUGGCAGUACCUGAUAAGUUGCAUCACCUGCAGAGUUAUGCUACUUGGUUGGAUUACUAAAAGAAAAGAGAAAAUUUCUUGGCUAAUUUUGGUCUCGCAGACAUCUGCGGAUGUCGAGAAGCACACAAAUCAAUUGAGGUAGCACAUAGCUCAAGGUUGCCAUGGUGCAGAGAUUGUUCUGAGAGGUUAGGAUAUCGCCAUAUUUGCCACUGUGAAUGAAUGAAUUCAGAAAUUCACUCGUAAACAAUCAACUUUGGCUUCUCUGUCAUCCAGAGCCAAGGGACACUGGGGAUGAAAGUGGUGUACCUCAAAAAAAAAAAUAUUGAUGGAAAGAAAGGAAAUUCUUAUGAAAAAUGCUUGUACAGCUAUGCUAACAAAGAGUUAAAAUCUUGUGAUCCAUCUUGUCGUGGGUAGUGUAAUUCUGCUUAAACCAGCCUAAAUCAGAGAUGUAUCUAUGCGGAAGUGUUAGAAUAGUGUCGGCAGAUGUCUCUUGUUUCCUACCUUACAAAAGGGGGCAGCCAACUGCACCUUGUACUUUUUAUUAUUGGACCUGCAGUUUUACCUCAUCAGUGAUAUUUUGUGUGACUACGCUGACAUUUAUCCUCUGUGAUUUCUUCUCGUUUUUUUCCUGAUGCCAGUCGUGUAGAUUUCUCUCUCUUGUAGUGCGUGCGUGUGUGUGAGUGACUUUUCAAUAUAUGCAUGUCGAACCUAAACAUGCACAAGUCCCUUUUUUUAAAGACCAGAAAAGGAAAGUUAACCAUGUUUCAGCGUGUUUCUCUUCAUUACAACCAACAGAUGAGUCUGUUAUCUGGUGCAGGUCAUAUAGCGUGAAGGGUACAGUCUAAUUUAAGGUGGGGAAAUGAAGGUAGCUAUAAAACUUUACCUCUGUAAUUCAAAACAAUACAAUUUUACUGUAUGACUAAUGCUAGUUUGACCGCCUUCCCUGCCUGAACACUUGGUUAUUAAUUUCCCCCCACCAAUAGGACCUGUGUAAUAUCGAGCACAGUGGUGGCUUGGUGCCUUUUAUUUGUUACUACCGAAAGGUACGGUCUUCCAUUUGUAUUUCCCAGAAGCCUUACAAUGGGAAAAAUAAAUUACACUGAACGACUACAGUAGACAGGCUCAUAUUCCCUCUGAGCAUGAAUAUUUCAACCCUAUGUCAUCUGAGUUAUAAGAAGGAAAAAAAAAGGCCACAGAAGCUCCUUCUGCAUCAGCCUGGAUUUCAUUAAGUAUUUCCAGUGAUGCAGUGCUCCCAAAAAAUUGCACAGUACUGAUGCGAUUUAGGGUACAUCAAACAUUGAACGGAUGGGGAUCAAUAGUACGAAAGCACAAAUCCAAAGAAGGCACCUCGAGGCUCAGUUGGCUCUCCCAACACCAAGGAGUGAAGGAGCCGAUAGACCAAAUUUAGGCAAAGACGAGAGGGGACAAGACAUCCUCUGAGUGCAGAAAACAAGAGGUUUGAUUGUCAGUAACACAUUAACUGUAGAAAGACCGUUGUCUGAAAUUUCAGAGCUUCUUCUGAUUGUUGUUCUCCACUCUUUGGUAUUCAUCAACGAUCAGUAACUUCACAAUAUACGAACUGAGUUGUGAAACGAUGCGGUACCUGCGUUCAAGAUCAAGUUUAGGCAAAUUGUUUGUUGUGACUGUUGCAAAUUGAUUGUAGAGAUUGUUUUUGUGUUAAUUUAGGGUUAGACUGACUACGAGUAGGGUUGCAGUAGUAGCUGUGUGCAGUGUUAAUAACGGUGUGAUCAUACUAUAGAAGUGACGUAACAUUUGUUGUCUUUCCACGACAAUUAAGGCAUGAUUCAUCUUCUCUCAAGCUGACCUCCUUUUGAAAUAGACAAAAGAUAAAAAGUGCAAUAACCUUUUGUUUAUCAUUGCUUCCUCAGUUGAAAAAAAAAAACUAUUAUUUAAUAAGCCCUUUUUUUUUUUGUUAACACCAAAAGUCACUCAUCUGUAGCAAAUGAAGGAUUUCAAGUGGUCCUCUUGUUUGUAUUCAGAGAGGUGGCAUUUGAUAGUGGAGUGUUUGAUAUUCCAUUCUUAAAAACUGUGAUCAAUGUCCAACUUUAAAAGCUGCCUGCUCAGAGAAAGGACUGUGCACAAGUUGACUGAUAGAUUUUGAGUAGGUGCGUAUAUAAAUAUAUAUAUUUUUUGUUUUGUUUUUCCUCUCCACAUGGAUGGACUUUGAUGGUAUUGUAGUUUGGACUUCUGGUUUAUAGCCGGUAGACAUGUUCAUUUGCAUGUGUAGAUGUGUAUAUGCAUCCUCUUCCUCCUUGAAUGAAAUGUUUUCUCAAAAAUAUUUAGACCUGCUGUCAGUGAUGUAUGCGGAUAAAAGGAAAUAUGAAAUGCCUUAUUAUUGUUUUCAAUGUUAAGCAUUAAGGGUUCUUUACGUGUCCCUCCCUUUUCAGCGUGUAGCCUAAAGCUUGUACAGUUAAGAAACUCAUGAGAUUUAUAUCUACUGUAUAGCCUAUGUGUUUUCAGAAUUUGUUACUCGGAGGUCCUGUGAUUGUGGUUUUAGAGAAACAUUCCCCUUGAAAGUGCCGUUUGUUUUCACCAGCAGAGGAUGCGUCUUGUGGGGGAAAAAAAAUGUAUUUACACGAAGGAAAACAAAUGUUCAAAACACUUUCCCAGUGUUUACUGAUGAACCUGUUGAACUGAAUGACACAAAGUAUUUGUGCAGGUGAAAUAAGGCAGCAAUCUUCUGACGGAGCACCUUAUCGACUCGCUCCUUUUGUGAGCCCACAAUGGAAGUAGUCUCACACCAAGCUUGAUUACUCUAAAGCAGAGCCAUAUCAGAGAAUUUGCCCAUUAGGAGCCCCCUUGAAUGUGCUAUUAGGAAUAGCCUACUGUAGGAAAGGAUGUAAACUGCAUGUUCUGUGACAUUUUUAGUCGUGAUGGUCCCUUUCUUUUUUUUUCAUGUUUUUUUAUUUUUAGUCCGCUUCACUGUAGAUGUUGCCACCUCAUUGCAACUCACAAGCUAUUAACAAUCCUCUCACAACUGGACUUAAAGCAGGCGUCGAUCUGCUGCUGAUGCAGCCUUAAUUCAUUGCAAAUUUAAAAAAAAAAAAAAACACAACAUAAUGGAUUGCCUGUUUUUUUUACUUUUGAGUGGCUUAUCUGGGGAAAUACAAAGGAGCCCUUGUCACGAGGGGAAGGACUCUGAAUCAGGGCAUGUGAUGAGUUACAAUCAAAUAGUUUCACACUGCACCUUCACAAAAAAUAGAAAAAAAGAAAAAAAAAAAGAAAAAGAAAACGUUGGCUCGUCCACCCAACAUUCCAAAGUCGAUUUAAUUUCCCACAGUCCUGUCCCGCUGAUCGAGGAAAUCUUUUUUGCUUUUGCUGGUGAAUGAAGUGGGCACGUGUGUCAAUGACAGGGUUCCCUAUUUAGCCUAACGCUGAUUACCUCAUUUACAAAUCUGCAAAUAUACUAUUCUACUGUGUGUGUAAAGGAGUCAAUGCCAUCACCAGCAGCGUGGUCUCUAGACCUGUGAUGACAACAGGACCAAUGAAGUUACUCUGUUGAAAUUAGCCAGUUUAGAACAUGAGCAGUCUGGAAAUAAUAGGGUAAAGACACUAUUCAGAUUUUUUUUUUUUUUCUUUUUGUUUUCUAAGGCAGAAUGGGCCUCUAAGAUUUCUUCAGUUAGUAAAUCACCACGGCUGCUACACCAGUCUGCAUCUGGAGCUGUCAGGAAAGAGGCAGAUACAAUUUCGAGAUCUUUUGUGAGGCGAUAUUGCACAUUAUUUAAGGUGGAAAUCCAACGUUACACACGUGGCUCCUUAAAUGCUGACUGGAAUAGCAACUGUCGGCACUAGCGUGGUUCAAGAAGUCGAGCCGCGGCCUGGUGCGUCUCACUUUUGAUUUAAGUGAUCGAUCAUGUUAGCAUCACUCGCUGUUUUUCAGUAGCAUUUCUCCUACCUCCUUGUUUUGCAGCCUUGAGUAUUGUUUUGUCUCUCCACCUGUUCUGACUAAAAGAAAAAAAAAAUUCUAUUCACAGUACGGGAAUACAGAUUUAUCAUAAGCAAUGGUAGUUAUACAUAAAAAGUGUGCUUGGUUGUGCUGUAUGUGUAUAUGUCUAUUUGACGUUGAUGAUAAAAAAAAAAAAAAAAUAUUUAUGAGAAGCAUUUAUACGACAAAAUACCACUGGAAUGUGAAGCCAGACAAUGUUAUUAUGAUGCAGAUUAUGAUGAUAGUCUAUCCCCUUUAACAUUCAGUGGCGAAUGGUCAGAGGAGUCAUCUUCUUGGAAAUAAAUAACCAAGCAUUGGCUUUUUUGUUUUUAAACACCAUCCGCUUCUUUGGUUUCCUCUAGUGCGUAUACCUCCCUGUCUCGCCCGAUAGUGUACAUCGUUUCAACGUUUACAGCUUCAUUCUGGGUCAGCCAUCAGUUGCCCUGCAGUUGUAAUGAUACCACAGGUUGUCACGAAGGAAGAUAGUGAGGUGGAUUUGUAAUUCUGUACGAGGGCGAGUUUGAGCCCCUCGAGCCGUAUGCCUUUUCAAUCCAUCUGUCCACUCCGAACCAAAUUCUGCUAGAUAGGCGUCUGUCUCCACACUGCCCCGACAUUUUACAUUCAGUUUGACUAAAAGGGGUACAGGACAAGGUGAAAGGUUUGAGGUUUUCUGACCAGGGCCCCCCACCCAUCCACCACCCCUGCUCCCCCACCUGCUCACCUAUGCCUAAUCCAGGACAGGACCAGCCCCACCCCCACCCCCACCCUGCCCCGGCGUCAACCACCCACAUUUCUCUCACCUAAACCUCAAGCCAUUCAUUUUUCUGUUUUUGUUUUUUCGACAAUGCAAUCCUGAAAGCACUUUGCCUUGUUAUUCCUUUGUCUGAACAUGUGAAUGAUAAUUUGUUACAAAAAUGUUAAAUAUGUAAAAGAUCAUUCGCUGUUUUGGAAAAACCUGCAUCUGUCUUUCUGACGUUAAAAGAAAAAAAAAAAACAAUUUAGUGACAUUAAACCUGAAUCUAUUUUAUAAAAUGUUUGCUGCAGCCAAUUGGUCUUGUCAUUCAGUAUUGUGGCUUAGGGUUGUUUGUGUUCAAUAAAGUGCUAUUGCUAAAUA